AUGUAUUUUAUCCAAAAGCCAAAGUUGUUUUGCACUGGGAAUUGCGCAAGAUGUUCCUGACCCGAAUUAUUGUAUCGCAUUCUCAUCGAUAUUGAAAUGAUUAUUAAAACAAUUAUCACCGGAGCUCACUCAUUAUUGAUAUAACAGAGAAUUGGCAAUCUGUUAUCAUCAUGCGGUGUAAUUCCACCGAAAGGUAAAUAUCACCGGAGAUUCCGAAAUUUUCCGAGGAUUCACCACAGAUGUCUCUGUUAUGCCGACGUUUUGCGCAAGAGCUUUGAAUUUUCGCGAUAAUAUUGACUUAACAAAUGAAGUGAUUCAACAGAAACGGAUUAUUUUUCCCGGAACAGCGAAAUUUUCAUUUCAGGGCACAGAAAAAAUCGUUUUUCUAGUAGAUCGAUGCCAUCCAGAGACUGGGAACGUAACCCUUACCCCAUUCCGGACAUCUCCACCGAGGGAUUUUGGCUUUCGGAUGGACCGGUCUUCAGUAAAAAUCGGUUCGAGGGAGACAGGGAUUGGUCGGCUAAAUUGGAACCCCACGAGCGAUUAUUUACUCAUCAGACACUGACAAGUAUCCGGAGAGAUCACCGACUCGUUAGGCCCCAGGUACCCGAUGAUGCUCUUGAUCUGGCGCUUUCAGCUGCUUACGUUCAUAGUGAAGACACCAUGGUCCCCAAGAUGUACGUCAGCAUGCAGCCGGAGUCCUUGAACUGGGAGACUUGGAGAGUCCUUCGAAAUGGAAUGAAAAAGUCAUCCACUGCAGUUAUAAAAUCAAAAACCGGAGAUUCUUCGGGGAAGGUCUCAGCGACAUCAAGGACACCAAAAGGGGCACCUCGGGGUGGCGCCCGAGGUGCAGGAAAAGGCAGUGGAUCAAAGAAACCGAGAAUAGGGGAUGAGGAUGACGAUGUCCUGGAUAAAGAGCACAGACGAGUGACUUAUGCGGCACAAAUGAUGGCAAUCGAGAGGAUUCAUCCGAGCAGUCUAAAGCUAGCUAUCGACGGUCCUCAUAUAGGUCUAACAAAUCCAGGGUACAGCCGUAAAAUUGAUGGGACAUUUUACAGCAUAUAAAUUUUACAAAAUUAUAUAAAACUCACGAUUCAAUACCUAUUUUUCCAUCAAUUUAAAAAAACCCUUUCAACCAAAAAAAAUUGCUCUUCACCGAUGAAAUUUUAUUUUCAUCCCUUCAUCAUAAAAUUCCCUCUCAACGCAAUUUUAUAGAUUAUUUCAAUUUGGUAAUAGUUUCAGGAUUAAUUGAGCCGGAAAAUUAUGUGUUAAUGCUACUCAAAUUUAAGCUGACAUAAAUGUCAAAUAUUUUAUGAUGGAAAUGGUAGUGACAGGCUCCAAUGUGUCAACGAUAUUUUCGCAUGUAAACGUUAUUGAAUUAUCAAUAAAACAA